AUGGCAGAUACUCUCCCUCACGAAGUAGGGGAUUCGAUUCUCAAAACCCCCCUGAAAAAUGAAAAGGAACACAGCGCGACCCGUUCAUCAGACCGAGAUAGCACCCUCUUUGAUCCUUCCGACAGAGAACGCUCCCCUUCACUUGCCCCUAGCUUGACGGAGGGCAACAAAGACCAGCAGACACAAGACGAAGACACAGAAGAAAAUGUCGAGUACGCACAAUCUUGGGAGCUUUAUAUCAUCACCAUUGGGCUUUGCCUGGCGGUCUUUUGCUUGGCGAUUGACAACACCAUUCUAGCCACGGCUAUACCAAAGAUCACGGAUCAGUUUAACUCUCUGGGUGAUAUAGGCUGGUAUGGAAGUGCGUAUUUACUUACCUUCUGCGCGUUGACGCUACAGUUCGGAAAGAUGUACACCUUCUACUCGACUAAAUGGGUCUUUUUGAGUGCCCUCGCAUUCUUCGAGAUCGGCUCUCUCAUCUGUGGAGUGGCCCCAAACUCACUUGCUUUGAUCAUUGGACGUGCGAUAGCUGGCAUCGGGUCCGCUGGGCUGUUCUCGGGCGCCAUUUUGAUUCUGGCGCAGUGCGUGCCACUCCAAAAAAGACCCAUGUUCACCGGAGGGCUCUGGAGCAUGUACGGAGUCGCCAGUAUCGCUGGCCCUUUGAUGGGUGGCGCUUUCACAGAUCAUGUCACCUGGAGGUGGUGCUUCUACAUCAACCUGCCUCUGGGGGGGAUCACUCUAGUCUUUAUUACCUUUUUCUUCAAAGCCCCCAAACCUAUCAAGGCCCUUCCAAGCUUCAAGGAUGAGCUCGACCAGCUGGACCUUGUCGGUUCUUUCUUCUUUGUGCCAGCGAUUAUUUGUAUACUCCUUGCUCUGCAAUGGGGAGGGACCGAGUAUGCCUGGGACAAUGCCCGCAUCAUUGUUCUCUUCUGUCUAUUUGGAGUCUUGACCGUUAUCUUUAUCAUUGUCGAAUCCUUUCAGGGCGAAAAGGCUACGGUACCUGGGCGCAUUUUCAAGAACCGCAACAUCUGGGGAGCUUCAAUUUACUCUUUCUCCCUGGGGGCUGGAUUCUAUUCGUUCGUGUACUAUAUUCCCAUCUGGUUCCAAGCAAUUAAAGGCGUCACUGCAACCAAAUCCGGCAUUAUGAGUAUCCCUAUGCUUCUUUCGUGCAUCAUCUUCAUUUUAAUUUCCGGUAUCCUGGUCACUCGCUUCGGACAUUACACUCCACUUAUGUACAUCGGUUCCAUCUUCUUCGCCGUGGGUGCAGGCCUCAUCACAACGUGGCAGGUCGACACCACACACUCGGCCUGGAUCGGGUACCUGGUGAUCCUCGGGAUUGGGAUCGGACUGGGGAUGCAGGCUCCGCUGAUCGUCGUGCAGGCGGUUCUGCCGGCGGAGGACAUUGCAACCGGGACAGCGCUGCAGGUGUUUGCCCAGAUGCUUGGCGGCACGAUAUUCAUCUCUGUGUGCGAGAAUAUCUUCCACAACCAGCUGCUGAAGAACCUGGCCGCGCAGGCGCCGAACGUCGAUGGGGCUAAGCUCGUUGCUGCGGGAGCGACCAUGGUGCGAACGAUGGUCUCGUCUGAGGUCUUGCCGACUGUGCUCCAGGCAUACAACAAGGCGCUUGUACAGACGUUUUACUGCAGUGCCGCGAUGGCAGCGUGUACGUUUAUCGGGUGUCUUCCUCUCUCGUGGAAGCCGCUUAAGGGGAAGAAGAUUGAAGCGACGGCAGCUUAG